AGAAUCAACACAAAUCAGAAAUCCAUAGAUACUAUAACAGAUGAGGUAGACUCUCUUAGCUUUGACUGUGUGGUUCAAAAAUGUCCCUGUUAUCCAACAGUAGAAUUGCCUCCUAUUCUUCUUCUUCUUCUCUGCCAUUGUAUUUAUUCUCAAAUAAUAAGGUUGGUAGCUUAAACAUAAAGAAGAAAAAUACAACUGACCAAAAAAUGAGGCCAUUGAGAGUCUCAAGUGAUGAUGAUGUGCCUUUUCCCCGUGAUUACGAUGAGUUACUUGCCCAAGCCAAAAAAGCAACUCAAUUGGCUUUCAUAGACGGUAAACAACUCAUGGAGAUUGAAUUCCCCACUGCUGGACUUCAAUCUGUACCAGGUGAUGGUGAAGGUGGCAUAGAAAUGACUGAGAGCAUGCAGUUCAUUCGUCGGUUUUGUGAUCGCUUUGUGAUUCCUGAGAAAGCUUCACGAACCCGAGUUUUUUUCCCUGAGGCAAAUGAAGUUGAAUUUGCAAGAGAAUCCGUCUUUGAAGGAUCUUCACUUAAGUUGGAUUAUUUAACAAAGCCGUCGUUUUUUGAGGAUUUUGGUUUUGUCGAGAAAGUGAAAAUGACGGAUCGGGUGAAGCAAGAAGAUGAACUGUUUCUUGUCGCCUACCCGUAUUUUAACGUCAAUGAAAUGCUUGUGGUGGAAGAGCUCUACAAAGAUGCUGUUGUCAACACAACAAGAAAACUCAUUAUUUUCAAUGGAGAACUUGACCGUAUAAGAUCGGGCUAUUAUCCACCAUUUUUCUAUCCUAAGCUGGCCGCUCUUUUGAAGACGCUCUUUCCGGUGAUGGAGACUGUGUAUUACAUUCACAACUUCAAGGGACUCAAAGGAGGAACUCUUUUCAGGUGCUAUCCAGGACCAUGGAAAGUUAUAAGAAAAGUAAAGAAUGGAAGUAUAUGUGUGCAUCAGCAGGAAGUUAUGCCAUCUCUUAAGGAAGUUGCACUUAAUAUUCUCCCAUCAGCUUGACAAUUUGGUACUAUAAAUGCAACUUACUAUGUAAAUGAUUGUGUAAUGUAUAAAUUUUCAGAAACAAUAACGUAAUCAGUUUCGUGCAAGAAAUUACUACUGUUGAUA